UGAGAGUGAAAGUAAGUGCAGCGAAGGAGAGUGACUGCAGAACGACUCAAAUACAACAGGGAAAGUUUCACAAUGUCCCAGCCAGUUCCCUCGCCAAGGAAACAGAUUUCCUGUCCUGAAAAAAAUGAGGAUGGCUUUCCAUUAAAACCUUCAAAGGGAGGUUUGGUCCGCUCAGCUCCUCCUCCAGUGUUACCAAAGAAGUGGAUUGUUAAAAAAAAUGAACAUGGCCAUCUAGUGAAGGUGAUGGCUGACCAAUCAAUUGAUGAUAAAUGUAAAGCACAACCUCCUCCACUGGCUCAAAGGCUUCCAAAGAACAUAAAACAGCUUGACAACGAAGAUGAAACCCUGGAUGACAACUCUCUGUUGGACUGGUGGAAGGAUGUGACACCCUGGAAAUUUCUGUGCAAAGACCUCAAACUCAAAGAAAGAAAGGUCAUCAACAUUCAGGCUGAACACCUCUAUAAAGCUGUCCGGGUUUACAUCCUCCUGCUGUCUGAACACGUUGGCUUCCUGAAGCAACUUACUGAAGAGCUGCUCUCCAUUGCUGACAACUUAAACAAUGUUUCAAAAGGCACAAAGAUUGCUGGCAUCACAGGAGGAGCUACAAGUGUAGCAGGAGGAGUGGCAGCAGCUGCCGGGGUGAUUCUGUCUCCGUUUACACUGGGGUUCUCAAUGGCCCUGACUGUUGUCGGGGUUGGUGUGGCUGCAGUUGGCGGCGUCACUGGUGCAUCAGCAGCCAUCGCCAACAAGGUGAUCUAUGAUCAGGACAAGAAGAAAAUCGAAAAGGCCUUCCAGGAUUACGAGGGCCGAAUGAAGGAGAUUCGGGAUUGCGUCACUUUCAUCGGUGAUGGCAUAGAGCGGCUAAGGCAGCAUGAUCUGUCUCUUCUGGAUGAAGCCAGGAAGGAAUCAGUGAGAGUAGGCAAGAUGGUAGAGCUGGCUACUACAGGAGGGGGAAGUACCAAGGCUAUUGAAACUACCAGUGGGGCAUUUGGGCUGAUGGAAGGCUUUGCCCAUGACAUUGGUAUCCACUUCACCCAAGGAAAGGAUGGUCAGAAGCAACUGAAGAAGGGCCAUGAGUCGGCUUUAGCAAACAAACUCCGCAGUCUAGCAGAGAAUCUUAAUAAUGCUUUGGAGGUGCUCAUGGAAAUGAAGGAAGACUUCAUUAAGCGUUGUCCUACAAAGUAAAUGUCUUUUAACUUGUAGACCUUCUCCUGUCUCCUGUUCAUACUUGGAAUACUGGAACUAAUUACUUGGACUUGACAUAAUUAAUAUAAUUUGGGAUUUGUGUUAAUUUCUUUUUCAAUUAGUUCUAUAAUUGUAAUAAUUAAAGAAAAUAAAUAUUAAGAAUUAA